AUGAUGUUGCUCUUGCUGAUCCGGCCAGCAUCGGCCAUUCAGGUCUGUUGGGUGUCGCGACAGUCGCAAAUUGGCCUUCUUCAGAGGACUGCUCGUCUGCUUGACAAUCACACAACCCGAAUUGGUCUUCGCGCAACUGGAAGAGCAUGGCACUCAACCAUUCACAAGGGACAGCUAAGCACACCCUCUCUGGCGUUGGUCGCCAAACAUAGGCCGUUGCAGCUCAUUCGACACGCCUCUGUCAUGUCCAGCAUUCCGCUUAAACCAUCUACAGCUGGUUUCGUCAGUUCAGCAUCAAACCCAGCCACUGUGGUACCAACCACUCCGUACUCCCAACUUUCCAUCGGAAUCCCCAAAGAAACGUACCCCAAUGAACGGCGCGUGGCCGUGACGCCACAGAAUGUUGCCCUGCUUCUGAAGAAAGGCUUCAAGAGCGUCCUUGUUGAAAAGGGGGCAGGUGCUCAGGCCGAUUUCCUCGACGAAGCUUAUGCAGCCGCCGGAGCGACCUUAGUCGACGAUGCUUCUGCGGUCUGGAGCCAGGCAGACAUCGUCCUUAAGGUUAGAGGACCCAGCGCUGCCGAGGCCGAGAAGGCCCGCGAAGGUCAAACCAUCAUCAGCUUCCUUCAGCCAAUUCAAAACAGGCCGCUGGUGGAGAAACUUGCUGCCCGCAAGGCCACUGUGUUUGCGAUGGACAUGAUUCCCCGAAUUUCCCGAGCACAGGUCUUCGAUGCCCUCAGCAGCAUGGCUAAUAUUGCCGGAUACAAGGCUGUCCUGGAGGCUUCCAACAACUUUGGGCGCUUCCUGACUGGACAGGUGACUGCCGCAGGCAAGAUCCCCCCCUGCAAAGUCUUGGUCAUUGGUGCAGGUGUUGCUGGUCUCAGCGCGAUCGCGACGGCGAGGAGGCUGGGAGCCAUUGUGCGCGGGUUUGACACUCGUUCUGCUGCACGUGAGCAGGUCCAGUCUCUCGGCGCUGAAUUCAUCGAGGUCGACAUCCAGGAAGAAGGGGCUGGAGCUGGCGGUUACGCCAAGGAGAUGUCCAAGGAGUUCAUCGAGGCUGAGAUGAAGCUCUUUACCGACCAGGCCAAGGAUGUGGAUAUCAUCAUCACCACGGCCCUAAUCCCCGGGAAGCCUGCACCGAAGCUCAUCACCAAGGAAAUGGUUGAAGUUAUGAAACCGGGUUCCGUUAUCGUCGACCUUGCUGCAGAGUCUGGCGGCAAUUGCGAACUGACUGCACCUGGCAAGAUGAUCACGCACAAGGAUGUCAAAAUCAUCGGAUACACUGACUUCCCCUCGCGGCUGCCGACCCAAUCCUCGACACUCUACUCGAACAAUAUCACCAAGUUCCUCUUGUCCAUGGCUCCCAAGGACAAGGAAUACGGCAUAGACCUGACGGACGAAGUCAUCCGCGACGCCAUCGUCGUCCAGAAUGGCGAGAUCCUUCCCCCUGCGCCACGGCCUACCCCUCCGCCUGCUCCAACUCCGGCAACUGCCGCAAAGGAGACCGAGGUUGUCGCCUUGACCCCCUUCCAGAAGGUGUCUCGCGAAGUUGCCCUCGUAACAGGCGGCAUGAGCUCCAUCCUAGCCCUAGGCAAGUUCACAGGCCCAAUGUUCAUGAGCAACGCCUUCACCUUCGCGCUGGCUUCGCUGAUCGGGUACCGCGUUGUAUGGGGCGUCGUGCCGGCACUGCACUCGCCUCUCAUGAGCGUCACCAACGCCAUCUCAGGCAUGGUAGCCGUCGGUGGUCUGUUCAUUUUGGGUGGCGGAUACUUGCCGGAGACAAUACCGCAAGCAUUUGGCGCUGCGUCAGUUCUACUAGCAUUUGUGAACGUCUCGGGAGGGUUUAUCAUCACCAAGCGCAUGCUUGACAUGUUUCGGCGGCCUGGGGAUCCUCCGGAGUACCCCUGGCUGUAUGCCAUUCCGGGCUUGCUCUUCGGUGGCGGGUUCAUUGCGGCUGCUUCGACUGGUGCGGCUGGCCUCGUUCAGGCUGGUUAUCUAGUGAGCUCUGUGCUCUGUAUCCUCUCGAUCUCGGGGUUGGCGUCACAGGCAACUGCGCGGAUGGGCAACAUGCUAGGCAUGCUCGGUGUCGGUAGCGGUGUCCUGGCUUCGCUGCUGGCCGCAGGGUUUUCUCCCGAGGUUCUAGCCCAGUUCGCGGGCUUGGCAACCAUCGGCAGUAUUCUGGGCUUCAUCAUCGGCAAGCGCAUCACGCCGACAGAUCUUCCCCAGACUGUUGCCGCCCUGCACUCGGUCGUCGGUCUCGCUGCUGUGCUUACCAGCAUUGGCAGUGUCAUGGCUGACCUGUCCCAUGUGUCCCUGCUUCAUCUCAUCACGGCAUAUUCGGGCGUCCUCAUUGGCGGUAUCACUUUCACUGGAUCUAUCGUUGCCUUCCUGAAGCUUGCCGGCAAGAUGUCCUCGCGCCCGACAAUCCUUCCCGGUCGCCAUGCCAUCAACUCCGGUCUGCUGGCAACUAACCUAGCCACCAUGGUUCCCUUCCUGACAAUGGCCCCUGGCUCCCCAAUGAUCGCAGCAGGCGCUCUAGCUGCCAACACUGCCCUAUCGUUCAUCAAGGGCUACACCACCACCGCAGCCAUCGGUGGCGCCGAUAUGCCUGUCGUCAUCACUGUGCUAAACGCCUAUAGCGGCUUCGCGCUCGUCGCUGAAGGCUUCAUGCUUGAUAACCCGCUUCUGACGACCGUCGGUGCUCUGAUCGGCGUAUCAGGCUCCAUCCUCUCGUACAUCAUGUGCGUGGCGAUGAACCGGUCGCUCAUCAACGUCCUCUUCGGCGGCCUCUCCACUCCCACCACGCAGUCUAACUACAAGAUCGAUGGCAGUGUGACGCAGACGACGGCGGAGGACACGGCCGAUGCGCUAGUGAAUGCGGAGAGCGUUAUCAUUGUCGUUGGGUACGGCAUGGCAGUGGCCAAGGCGCAGUAUGCUAUCUCGGAGAUCACCCGCAUGCUCCGGUCGAAGGGCAUCAAGGUGCGGUUUGCCAUCCAUCCCGUGGCUGGCCGCAUGCCGGGUCAGUGCAACGUGUUGCUCGCCGAGGCUAGCGUGCCAUACGACAUUGUCCUGGAGAUGGACGAGAUCAACGACGACUUUGGUGAGACUGAUGUGACUCUUGUUAUUGGUGCCAACGACACGGUCAAUCCUAUUGCUCUCGAGCCUGGCAGCCCCAUCGCUGGUAUGCCGGUGCUGCAUGCUUGGAAGAGCAGGCAGGUUAUUGUGAUGAAGCGAAGCAUGGCUAGCGGCUAUGCCGACGUCCCGAACCCCAUGUUCUACAUGCCGAACACCCGUAUGCUGUUCGGAGAUGCGAAAGUCACGACUGAAGCUAUCAAGGCAGCCAUUGAGGUUCGUCUCAAGUGA